AUGGGAAAUAACAGCAGUAAAAGAAGUGGAGAUAACAGCGAUACCAGAUACAUACCAAGCGGUUUAUAUAAAGAUUGCGAAUGGGAUAGCAAAGUUAUAAAAAAAUUAAUUGCGGAAAAAAAGAUAGCACCUUUAACACAAGGUGCAGAAGACGAGGGACCAAAUUUAGAAGAGUGUCCUAUUUGUUUAUUGUUUUAUAGUGGUGGUUUAAAUAGAUCUAAAUGUUGUAAAAAAGGAAUUUGUACAGAAUGUUAUCUUCAAAUUAAAAAGCCAGGUAGUGAUGCCAAUAGUAUUUCAUGUCCAUUUUGUAAUCAAUUAGGAUAUCAAGUAUUAUUUACGGGACCAUUAUCAAGGGAGGAAAUUAUAAGGGAUGAAAUUGAACAAGCUAAAGUUGUAGAGUUGACGAUUAAAAUGAGAAAAGAAGAAAUGGAGAAGAACAAUGACCCUAAUAUUAACAUAAAUAACCCCAGCAAUCCUGGUAGCUUUAGUAAUUAUUCGACUUCAAGAUCACCAACCCAACAUUGUAUUCCCAACUCACCACCUAAACAACUCUCGUCAAAAGAAAUAUCAGAGUUAUCAAUGUCUCCAUACUCUAACCCAAUUAAAAUUCAAACCACUACCAACACCACCACAUCACCUUCCUCAAGAGUUAUUAACAAUAAUCAUCAUGGUGGCACUAAUCCAAGCAGCUAUAGUUCAAACAAUGGGGCCAAUAGACACUCUCAACAGGCAGCUUUAUCUUUUACCGAUCUUUUCUCUGGUAACUAUAGCGAAAAUGAACUCGAAAAUUUAAUGCUCACUGAAGCCAUUAGACUUUCUUUAAUUACUCACAACAAUGAAGUUAAAAAGAAUACCACUGGCAAUAAUACUUCAAGUAGAAAGAACUCCCACAAUCAAAGCCAUUCUCACCGUAACAAUAGCAACACAUCAUCAUCUGCCUCAUCUCGUCAUAAUAGUGUUAGCAGUUCAAAUAUCUUUAAUAAUUUUACGUCAACCUCACCAAGCUCAAUUGAUGAUAUAAUUAAAAAUACUGAUGAACUUUUAAAUAGAGAACAAACCAAUACUUUAAAAAAAUCACCAAGUAAUAAUAGUAACAACAACAGCAACAGCAACAACAAUACCAUUUUUAAAAGCUCACUCUUUUGCGAUUUAGACGAUCAGAAAAGUUUAAAUGAAUCCUUUGAUUUUGGUAUUAAAACCUCACCAUCUGGUAGUGGCUCUGGUAGAAACCUUCUUUCAAAGCAUCAUACCACCACAACAACUACAACAACUACUACAACUACAACAACUACAACAACAUCUCCAAACUUAUUAGGUUUAGAUCCCCUUUCAGCCAUGUUACAACAAGUAGAUAAAGAAAAACAACCCCAGCAACAACCCUCAAACCAAAAUCACAUAAAAAACAAAAUUGAAAACUAUGAAGAUAAACAACCUCUGGAUGAAAAUAGUGGCAACAAAACAACUACAACAAACACAUCUACAAAUAACAAUAAUAAACUAGCAAAUAAUAGCAACAAUAAAACCCCAAAUAUGAUUACAGAUUCUGAAAGUGAAAAAAACUGUUAUUCAAACUGUGCAACAGUAUCAACAUCGGUUGUAGAUGAUAUUCAUAGCAACUUAGAUGUUGAACUUAGAAGUGAAGGCUCAGUUUUUAGUAGAGAAGGUGAAUAUGAAUAUGAGGAUGAAUCCAUCGAUGCAAUUUCACCAUCACCUUUCCUUGAUCAAGAGUCCACAACCAGCAAAGUUAGUAACGCCAGUGGCAAAAAUUUUUUAUCCCAUUCAAGACACUCCUCCCAUUCAUCAUGCAAUAGUUCAACAAGUAGCGGCUUUGACUUCAACUCAUUUAAAGACAUUAUGAAUACCACAUCCACCAAUAGCAAUAGUCUUGGUAGUGGCAGCAAUAUUAAACAACAUCAUAGAAACAAAUCAAAUCAAAGACCAAACUCUGUUGGUAAACCAAUAACCACCUCCUCAAGUACCAAUCCACCUAGCCCAAUUUGUAGUAAUAGUAAUUUAAAAUCAUCAAGUGGAGUAAAAAAAUCAAAUGAUAACAUUGUAAUCAAUACUUCUGGUGGUGCAAUUAUAAUAAAUAACAAUAUAAAUAUAAAAAUUAAUAAUAACAAAACUAUUAUUAUAAAUAACAUUACUAAUAAUAAUAAUAACAAUAUUAGUAAUAAUCUUUCUCAACAACCUCAAUUAACUCUAGAUAACUCUGUAAAUACUUUAAUUGGAGAUAAUAAUGUAAAUAAUAAUGAUAAUGAUAACCAAACUUUGGCCCUAUCACCACCAAAUAACAAUAACAAUAACAAUAAUAAUGAUGAUAAUUAUAAUGAUAAUAAUAGUAAUAAUGACAACAAUGAUAAUAAUAACAAUAAUAAUGAAAAAGUAAAAGGGAUUUUGGAUGCAAUUGGAAAAAACUUUUUCUCUAAUAAUGAAAUUGACAACCAAAAUGAUGAAAAUCAAAAUGAAAAGGCAGAUAAUUCCUCAUCCUCUUCAUCAUCAUCAUCAUCAUCAACCACCACUACAACAACAACCACCACAACAACCACAACAAUUUCAAAAGGUCUUUCAAUAGCUGGUGAUUGGUAA